AUUUAAGAAGCAAAAAUGGAAGGAAAGCCUCCACUACCUAGUGGCACUAGCAAAUCUAAUUUCAACAGAGAUGCAAAUAAUGCUUCAGCUCCGAUCUCUAGAGCUUAUGACACUCCUAGCGAUACUAUUCAAGGAAUGGCCGGCCCUACUCCUCAUAUGAAAAGAGGCAGCUCUAGAGGAAGCAAUUAUGGACCCAUGGACGAGCCUAAUGAUCACAUGUAUAUCAAUGUGAAUAGGAACCAGGGACCUAAUAUCCAGAGGUUACAGUCAACUGCGAACAAGACGAAACCUUUAUUACCCUCUAUAGGAAGAAACCAACCAGAAAGUUAUAGAAGGACAGACCCUGAUAAUCCAAUGGGCUAUGACCCUGAUGAAAAUUUAAGGAAGCUUCGUAACAAUGUCUAUGCCAAACACAACUAUGGCGACCAGGCUGAUGAUCCUUUUAAAGAAAUAAAUCUUCAAGAAAUGAAUGAUGACGAUGAGAGAGAACGCCAGAGGAUAAAAAUGCUUGAAGAAAACAUCAAUGCUCAAAAGACUGAAGUUGAAAAAUCCAAGAUGAAAUUAGAAAAGAAGCAGUUAUAUGACCUUUACGAGCAAGAAACUAGACUUCUUGAUCGCCUGGAACAAAUCAAGAACUACAAAGAGGAAGAAGCUCAAAUCAAUGAAAAGUUAAGGAAAGAAGUAGUCAAUAUCAAGCUCAAGCAGAAAUAAAGAUGAAGAAGAGAAAAGGAACAUUGACAGAAUGGCCUGGAACCUUGAAAGAGACACUAAAAUGGAGGAAAUCGUCAAAAUGAAACUUGAACUUGAAAGACUCCAGGACAACGCUAAAUAUAUCGAUGAUGUUAGUAAGAGGAGAGAGCUCGAACUUGAACAAAUUGAUGUUGAGAUGAAAAAUAGGGAUUUUGCAUCAGCUGAAUUGCUGCAAAAAGCUCUUAAUCAUGCGGAUUAUUUGCAAGAUCAGAUAGAAAGUGGUGCUAUAGAUGAGAAAUACCAAGCUAAGCUUGUAAACGCUCUCUCUGGAGAUAAGAAUGACCCAGAAAACAAGAAAAUGAGGGAAGAACUUCUUGAAGAGCUUAAAGCCAAGAUCCUUCAACAAAAAGAACGAAAGACAAUGGAAAAUCAAAAGUUCAUCCAAGAUUUAAACAUGAAGAGAAUGCAGUUCUCUGAAGCUGAAAAGAAAAUAAAUGAGCAAAAGCUUCUUCAUGAGGCAUUAUCUCGUAGAGGAGUUGACUUCCUUUCUGAACUAGAGCUAGGAACUGCUCCUCCAAUGGAAUAUGUCAUUAAUAACCUUAAUAUUGAGGAGAAACAGGUGAACAGAAAGGAGCCCUUUAGCAUAAAAGAUGUAGUUGAGAACACAAAGAACACCUUAGAGUCCAAUCAUGAACGAUUGGAAAGACUAAAGAGGGAGAAAAUUGAGUCUGACUAUUACGUCUCCAAGAUAAGUUUCAAGCCAGAGCCUAUCUUCAUUCCAGAGGGCACACAAGAAGUCAUCGACUAUAUCCUUGACAUUGUAAUUACGAAUGCUUUUAACGAAGUAUCGAUGUAUGAUAAGUACGUUGAAGGGCUAAGGAAGAAAACUAGGGUUAUGAGACAGAGAGAACCAGUCCAAGAAGCAAGAAUUGGAUUCUACUCUGAUAGGAUAGCAGUAAAGGAAGUCCAUAAAAAUUUCUUAGACCAAUAAGUAGUG